AUGAAGAAGGCUUGUAGACGACUUGGAGUGACAAGAUGGCCAUAUUCGAGGCAGCGCCCGAGAUUUGACAUCAACUCGUCAUCUCCGCCUGAAUUGAGCAAGGACAGAGCCCAUGCCUCGACACGGAAGUUGGUGGAUGACGAGCCAUCGCCUGAGAUCGAGCUUCAUGUCAAGUCAGCACCUGACGCAGACGAUCAAGAGGACGAGGAACUUGAUAACGACAGCUCCUCAGAAUGGUCCCGGACCGACGCAGACAAUACGACAAUGAGGACUGAGUCGUGGUCAAGUCAGGAGAGCAAUGACAACGACGUGGCUGAGGGGCUGAAAGAUUUUGAGGAUGUUCCAUUGGAGCAGUCGUUCAUCAAAUGGUUUGUGGAAGAUGCUAACAUGGACGACGCCCCUUAA